AUGGCGUCAAGGCCAGAUCAGGCGACAACAUCAACUACCCCUCCGCCUCUGCAAUCGGCCGCGAUUAAUAGAGGCGCUGAUCUUCUCGUCGAACUUUUGGAGCAGGAGAAACAACAGAUAGCUCACCUGUACCAUGGCGCUUUGAGAGGGUUGGAGCUCCACCUGAAGAAAGCACAAGAUCAACAUGAUGCGCAGAUGGCUGCUGCUGAGCACAAACAGCAGGAACAAGGGCAACGCAUUCAGGACUUGACUGCCAGUCUGGUGCAGGCACAAUCGUAUAAUACCGAUAUCGCGGGAGAAUUGGAGGCACUCAGGGCAGAGCAUGAGGCAUUGAAGUUGGCUUUGGGUCAAGCUGGGCUUGUUUACGUGGAUGGACAAUUGCAGCUCGACGACAGAGCCGCUCGUAUUGUCGACGAAUUCGUUAAGGCAGCGAAGAUCCAAGAAGAUGCGAUGAUGUCCUCCCCAGUAACAAAACAAUAUCCACUACAAAGAGAUAAUUCAUUGUCAGAACCUGUUGGCCCUUCCGAAUUCUUCGACGUGUUGUCUCGUGUUAUCGACAAAGGCCGCAAGUUUGCUGAACAUGUUGAGAAGUACCAACAACCUCAAAGCAAGUCGAAUGCCUCCGAUAAGCAAACGAUGUUAUCUAUUCCACAGGAUGGGUUGAAAGCACCUCAUCCACAUGAUUCAUCAAGUAUACGAAUGAACGCCCAAGCAGUACUUACCACCGCUCUUAACAAUAGGUCACUGACAACUCAGUCCUUCUCGAAGGCGUCUAUGAAACACGAAGCGUCUUAA